ACUGUCAAGAUGGCGGCCCCCAGGAGCUGGGUUUUAUGGAGCUUCUGCUGCCGUGGGUCGUCGCGGGUGUUGCUGGGCUGCAGGCUUCCCGGGCUUCGUAGCUCCUGGCCCAGGGGCCCGCUGGGUGCGCGGCCCUUGUCCCAAGAGAAGCGGGCAACCGAAACGCACUUCGGGUUUGAGACUGUGUCGGAAGAGGAGAAGGGGGGCAAAGUCUAUCAGGUGUUUGAAAGUGUGGCCAAGAAGUACGAUGUGAUGAAUGAUAUGAUGAGUCUUGGUAUCCACCGUAUUUGGAAGGAUUUGCUGCUCUGGAAGAUGCGCCCGUUUCCGGGGACCCAGCUGCUGGAUGUUGCUGGAGGCACAGGUGACAUUGCAUUCCGGUUCCUUAAUUAUGUUCAGGCACAGCAUCAGAGAAAGGAGAAGAGGCAAUUAAGGGCCCAACAAAAUUUAUCCUGGGAAGAAAUUGCCAAAAAGUACCAGAAUGAGGAGGAUUCUUUGGACGGUUCUCAUGUCAUGGUCUGUGACAUCAACAAGGAGAUGCUAAAGAUUGGAAAACAGAAAGCCCGUGCUCGAGGAUACAAAGCUGGACUUGCUUGGGUAGUGGGAGACGCUGAAGAACUGCCCUUCGAUGAUGACAAAUUUGAUGUUUACACCAUUGCCUUUGGGAUCCGGAAUGUCACACACAUUGAUCAGGCGCUCCAGGAAGCCCAUCGGGUCCUGAAGCCAGGAGGACGGUUUCUCUGUCUGGAGUUCAGCCAAGUAAACAAUCCGCUCGUAUCCAGGCUCUAUGAUGUAUAUAGCUUCCAGGUCAUUCCUGUCCUGGGAGAGGUCAUUGCAGGAGAUUGGAAGUCCUAUCAAUACCUUGUAGAAAGUAUCCGACAGUUCCCAUCUCAGGAGGAGUUCAAGGAGAUGAUAGAAGAUGCAGGUUUUCAGAAGGUGACUUAUGAAAAUCUAACAUCAGGCAUUGUAGCCAUUCAUUCUGGCUUCAAACUGUAACUCCUUUAAGAUCCUGGAGUGUGAACCAGUCACAUCCUGUCAAAAGGCUGGAGCCGAAGGAUAAUGUGGUUAGUGAGACCAGCACAACAUCUCCUCCUAAGGCUGUGCGCCUUGGACUCAUGUUCUGAUGUGACCAGUCUCAGAGUGAAAGAAACAAGCUUCUGUCACUUUAUUGCAGCUUUCCUUUGGGGCUGCUUCAGGCCUUCUCCCAGAGGUAUUUGGUCUGUACUUUUUGCUUAACUCCUACUAAUUUUUCUUGGCUCUGUAGUAUGUGGUUAAGGAAAACCAGCACUGAAACUCAGUUUUGAAGUGUAUCUGUGGCUUCUCUGCCAGUGCUGCCUUCCAGAGGGAUAAUGAAUCAUUAGAACCCAAUGAUGAUUUGAACCAGAAAACUUCCUAGCUGUACCCAAGUCCAUCUUUCAGCCUAGGACUAAGUCUGGGGCCAAAAGCCAAGGCCCAAAUUAGAGGGCUAAGGAUCACAACUAGAAUUGUGCCCUGAAACACUAAAAGAGUUUACAAUUUUCAUGAGUUUUGUCAUUUUUUUCUUGAGGGAGGUGAAAGAAAUACACUUUCAUCAUUAUUCAUUCAGUCCUCUUCUACCAAAAGCCACUAUUGUGUCCUCAGUGCCUGUCAUGAAGGAAACUUGACAAAUCCUUGUUGAAGGAAUAAAUGUACCUGAUUUCACGUCUUACAAAGAGAGCUUCUUUGUCAGGAUACGUUUGAAGUCAGGAUCUUAUAGCCAAAAAAAAAAGUUUGAUAACUAUUUGUCUAGCCAAACCCCCUCCAGUACUCAGAAGA